CCGCGGACACACACACACAACACACACUCAUACUGCCUACAGUCGGAUCACUUGUAUGUUUGUGUGACUGUAAUUCCGUCACCCUUACGCGUUGACGAGUCACGCUGUAAGCCUGACACUUUCAAAUUAGGAACUGAAGCAGUGCAUGUAAACAACAACAAAGCAAAAAAGACUCGCGCUUUUAUUCAAUACAUUUUGGACGUACCGGCAAAAGUGCACGCGCAUCGCUGGUCUAAAAACCUUGGGAGGUAUCUCUCAUCAUACACCGUGAUCUUAAUCAGCACUAAAAUUCGCAAACCAAAUCAACUGGUGGUUUCUGUAAAAUCAUCUGGGCAAAUCCCUCCAUGAACAGGGAGGUACAGAGGAACACAGCGAUCAGUUUAACCAGGUGAAAAAAAAAAAUGGAAGUCGCCGUUCCAGAAGAGCCUCAGAAGAAGAUUUUCCGCGCUCGAAAAACCAUGAAAAUGAGCGAUCGUCAGCAGCUGGAGGUGCUGCACAACACCUUGGUGACUGCCAACUCCAACUCUUCUUCCUCGCGGCCCCAGACACCGCUGGUAAACGGAACGCACGGGGAGGAUGGACAAAAAGGCAAAGAGAAGGACAAGGAGACUGGGACUAAGUCUCCUGUCUCGCCCUCAUCACAUUCUUCACCUGUACCAUCGCGCUCGGUCUCACACUCGCGAUCACCCUCUCCAUCUGACAGCGAAAAUCGAGAGCCUUCACCUUCUCUGAAGAAAGGCCUGGAGAAAGGUAAAGGUGAAGAGAAGAAAGGAGAGCAAGACAGGAAGGAUGAUGAGAAGCCAGAGGAAGUCAAAGCUGACAAGAUAGAAACCACCAAAACGGCACACACCGGUUCUCCAUCAGACAAGAAGCCUGAGCUGAAAAAGACUUCCACAGACCAAGGCUUGAACGGCGAGCUGCCCAUGGAAACAGACAGCACUUCCCUUGACAACGGUUCGGCGGAAGAGAAAAGCAGUAAGAGCAUCUCCUCCUCGUCUCCUUACGGCUCUCCAGCCGCCAGCUUGGAGUGCGACCCAGAAGUGAAAGAGGGCUUUCUCUGCCUCAGUGAGGAAGAUGAGGGUCAGGGAGAGCAAGAUGAGGCGAAAGACAGAAACGAGGAGAAGAUGGAUGUGGAUCCUGAGAAAGAGGACAAGAAAGAGGGAGAGAAAGGGUGUAAUGUGGCAGAUGGCACAGGCCCUAGCUCGCCUUCUGGUAAAAAGAGAUGUUUGUCACCAGUCGAGGGGAAGGAUGGAUGGAAAGAUGGAGAGAUCAAGGAGGAGAGAGAUGGGAAGAGAGCACGGGUAGAGGGAAUGCAGUUGGAAGCUCAGUUAGAGCUGAAGAUCACGGCCAACGCAGGGAGCCGUCUGAAACUGGAAAAGUUGGUGCAGCAGUUGGUGGAGGAGCGCUUGCAUGUGCUGCAGCUGACUGUGUUCGACCAUAGUCUGCAAGAGCUCAAGGACAGAAUGGAGAAGAUUGAUGCUGCCACCAAGCAGCAGAAAACUGUCCAACACACUCUACAGAGUAAGAUUGCACGGUUAGCCAAGAAGUUUGGAGCUGCUAACCAGGCGUCUGAGAAUUCCAGAAAAGCUCAAGAGGCUGCUGCCGCUGCUGCUAAGCCUACUCCCGCACCGAUGACAACCCCAACAACUCAACGCACUGUAAGGGCCAUGCUGGACCCAAAGACACAAAAUGCUUCUGUAGUAUCAUCCAGUUCUACCGCUACCCCGACUCAGCCCAAACCUCACUCCACUCCAAGUACGCCAACCUCUUCGGCAUUAGCCGCCUCUGCGCCUAUCCUCCAGCUCAUAACCACAACGACAAACUCUACACCCUCCUCCUCCAGCUCCUCUUUAAGUGGCCAGGCGCAGACAGGAACUCUACUGCUGCAGUCCCGCCCUAACACGGGUGCCAUAACAAGCACGGCCACAUCAGCAGGCCAACCGAUGUCCAUCCAGCCUUUGCUGAUCCAACUGCCAUUGGCUGUAGCUAACGGCCAGGGUGGGGCCAUAGCCGGAGGAGUAAACCUAAUUCCUGUGUCCUCCUUAGCCACAGUUAAUAGCCUUAGCAAGGCCAAGACCACAACAGCCACGACUUUUAUCUUGCAGAAGACUGCAGGAAAUGUUGUGACCUCAUCUUCGUCUGCUCCCUCUUCUUUGGCCUCAUCCGCGUCUUCAGCAGUGGCACAGAUGCCACCAAGUAGGCCAGUGUACCAGGGUGGCACGGGCACAACAAGCUCACCUAGUGCUGGCAUCUCCGUGACGACAGCCCGUGCCCCAACACAGUGCGCCACUGUAGUUGGAAUGGCCACUGCCUCAUCAUCACCUGCAACCACAGGCCCUGCUGCAACAGGCUCGGCUGCUGCCGCGGCUGGUCCGCCAUCGGCUUCUGAAAUGACAUCCAAAACAGAUAACCAAGCUACUCACUCUGUUCCAGCCAAAUCACCUGCUCAGCCUGCUCGUCCAAAGGGCUCAGUCAUUGACCUAACUGAGGAUGAUGAUGAUGUGCAAGUUACUGGUGUGCAGAAGGCUACUGCUUCUGCUGUCCCCAACAAUGCCCAGCGACCCCAAGGACCUCCCCCAUCACUAGUAAGCUCCACCUCUGCUGCAGGGCGUUCUGCAGUGCAGCAUCGACCCUCGGUGGACUCCCCCUCUAAAUCACGCACAAGCUCUUCAUCAUCGAGUUCUCUUCCACCGUUGCCAUUAGCCCCUGCCCCACCUGCUCGUCUGCCCCCAGAGGCAGCACACACCUCUCCUCCUCAGCAGCCUCAAUUGAAGCUGGCACGUGUGCAGAGUCAGAACGGCAUUGUACUGUCGUGGUGCGUGUCUGAGACUGAGCGAAACUGUGCACCCGUGGAUAGCUACCACCUCUAUGCCUACCACCAGGAUCAGCAGAGUGCAUCGGCCAGUUCAUCCACACAGCCGCCCACACACUCACUGUGGAAAAAGAUUGGUGAAGUGAAGGCACUGCCACUGCCCAUGGCCUGCACCCUCACCCAGUUUGUUUCCGGUUCUACAUAUUACUUUGCCGUCAGGGCCAAAGAUAUGUUUGGCCGCUUUGGACCUUUUUGCGAGCCCCAGUGUACCGAUGUCAUCAACCCAACAUCCUAAGUUGAUGUGAUAAAAUGUGUUAGUUAGCAAUGGAAAAAUGUGGAGUAGUUGGCAAAAAUAACUAAACUGUGGGAGAGACUGAACUGCUAAUAAUGCAUCAGACUGCUUGUUUAGUUAGCAAAGGUCCCCAAAUUGGAUAGGAUGUUUAAAAUAGGCAUACAAACCCUACAAAAACACAGACUUGCACACUAGUCAGUAAUUUGACACUAUUUUAAGAAAAAUGGGGCACCGGCCUGAAUUGUGCCGCUAAUGGUAUUUCCAUGUGUAGAAUGACUGUACAGUUAAGUGUUGAACCAAUAGGUCAGAUAUUUAUACGUUGUGUUGGAUCUGUUCCAAACUUCUUUUUUUUUUUUUUU